AUGCCUGCUUCGCUCCGUGGAACCGUCGGCGACGGACCUAUCACGGCUGGUACUUUCCAGCGCGGAGACUACGCAAAUACGACUGAAGAUUGUCUGAAACUCUCGCUCUUUGUUCCUGAGAAAUCUAUCAGGACCCAUGAUAAAAAGUCCCGAGCUCUUCCUGUCAUUGUCUGGAUCCACGGAGGGGGUUAUUCUGUUGGCGGCACCAACGUCCCCUACCAACUCGCACAGAACUGGGUCCAGCGUACCCAGAAACAAAUAGUCGUGCAGGUACAAUAUCGCCUCAAUCUUCUAGGAUUCCCCAACGCUAGAGGUCUAGCCCGCGAAGGCAACAAUCUCAACCUUGGCCUUCUUGAUCAGCGUCUCGCUGUUGAAUGGGUCCGCAAUAACAUCGCUCGCUUCGGUGGCGACCCUGACCGUAUCACUCUAUGGGGCGAAAGCGCUGGAGCGUAUGCGGUUGACGGAUACCUGUUUGCCUGGGCCCAAGAUCCCAUAAUUAAAGGGGUUAUCGCAGACUCUGGCAAUGCGUUGGCAAUUGAACGAGUGGUUGGUGACUCGAGGAAUCAUACCGCCUUUUCUGUUGCUGCAAAGUCUCUAGGCUGUGGUGAAUUGUCUCCCAAGGAGGAACUCGAGUGCAUGCGACAAGUGGCCGAGCGCGAUUUGAAGAAGUAUCUUCAAGCAGAGGUCGGCCAAGGAGGGGCUGCCGAUGACGGGUUGAGCAUCUCCGUAAUCGCUGACAACGUCACGGUAUUUUCCAACUAUACUGAAAGAAUUUCCGGAAACCCAUUCAAGUAUUCAACUGAUGUACCCAUCCUGAUUGGAACUAACACCAACGAGGGAGCUGCCGUUGUUCCAUACAAAUUCCCCGGUUUCGAAACUGCGACGAUACUACCAGACCAGCUUAAACCUCUUGCUGAUGGAUUCAGACUCAAUUUACAAUGUACUACCCUCAAAGAGACCCGUCUCAGGGCUGGGGCAGGUGCUAUAACCUAUCAGUAUCUCUACGCCGGCAACUUCACCAAUAUUUCGCCUUUACCAUGGCUGGGUGCAUACCACACAGCAGAAUUGCCUUUGGUCUUUGGUACACACGAGAUAGAAGGGCCUUCUACCAAAUUCGAACGCAUGGUGAGCGAAAGAAUGCAGGAUCUCUAUCUCAAAUUUGCUAGUGAUCCUACGCAUGGACUAGAGAAGUACGGCUGGCCAAGCGCGAAACCGCAGUUGGAGAAAUCGAAGCUUUUCAAGUUGGCCGCAGACAACAAGGUUGAGCAAAUUGUGGGCGCAAAGAAGUUGGUGGACGAGUGCGUUGAGAAUGGAUUUGCUGUUUAG